UCUAACGUCAUUUCCGGCGCGCCAGCCCAGGAAUCUUCCGGGUCUCGGCUGCCGCUGUGGCAGUCUUCGCGUGCGGCGUGUGAAAUUCUUGUUGGUACCCUGGACCCUGCGUAGAGGUGAGCGGGGCAGUGACUGGCCAUGUCAUUGUCCCACUUGUACCGGGACGGGGAAGGCCACAUGGAUGAUGACGAUGAUGAGCGGGAGAACUUUGAGAUCACUGACUGGGAUCUCCAGAAUGAAUUCAACCCCAACCGGCAGCGCCAUUGGCAGACCAAAGAAGAAGCCACUUAUGGGGUGUGGGCAGAGCGUGACUCAGAUGAGGAGAGGCCCAGCUUUGGAGGCAAACGGGCCCGGGACUACUCUGCUCCUGUCAACUUCAUUAGUGCGGGGCUCAAGAAAGGGGCAGCUGAGGAGGCAGAAUUGGAAGACUCUGAUGAUGAAGAGAAGCCUGUUACACAGGAUGACUUCCCCAAGGAUUUUGGACCAAAGAAGUUAAAAACGGGUGGCAAUUUUAAGCCCAGCCAGAAAGGUUUUGCAGGAGGAACCAAGUCUUUCAUGGACUUUGGCAGCUGGGAAAGACAUACAAAAGGCAUUGGACAGAAGCUUCUUCAGAAGAUGGGUUAUGUGCCCGGCCGGGGUCUUGGGAAGAAUGCACAAGGUAUCAUUAACCCCAUUGAAGCCAAACAGAGAAAGGGAAAAGGAGCUGUGGGGGCCUAUGGCUCCGAGCGGACCACUCAGUCCCUGCAGGACUUCCCCGUGGUGGACUCAGAAGAGGAGGCUGAAGAGGAGUUUCAGAAGGAGCUGAGCCAGUGGAGGAAAGACCCUAGUGGAAGCAAGAAGAAGCCAAAGUACUCUUACAAGACGGUGGAAGAGUUGAAGGCCAAGGGCAGAAUUAGCAAGAAGCUCACUGCUCCCCAGAAGGAGCUUGCUCAGGUCAAGGUCAUAGACAUGACGGGCCGGGAGCAGAAGGUCUACUACAGCUAUAGCCAGAUCAGCCACAAGCACAACGUGCCAGACGACGGGCUGCCUCUGCAGUCUCAGUUGCCUCCCCUGCCCGGCAAAGAAGCAAAGGCCCCAGGCUUUGCACUGCCUGAGCUGGAGCACAACCUGCAGCUGCUCAUUGACCUCACUGAGCAGGAGAUCAUCCAGAAUGACCGGCAGCUGCAGUAUGAGCGGGACAUGGUGGUCAACCUCUCUCACGAGCUAGAGAAGAUGUCUGAGGUCCUGGACCAUGAGGAGCGGGUCAUCUCCAACCUUAGCAAGGUGCUGGAGAUGGUGGAGGAAUGCGAGCGGCGCAUGCAGCCCAGCUGCAGUGACCCACUCACGCUGGAUGAGUGUGCCCGCGUCUUUGAAACCCUGCAGGAUAAGUACUACGAGGAGUAUCGGAUGUCGGACCGCAUGGACCUUGCGGUGGCCAUUGUGUACCCACUCAUGAAGGACUACUUCAAGGAGUGGGACCCCCUCAAAGACUGUGCCUAUGGCACCGAGAUCGUCUCCAAGUGGAAGAGCCUACUGGAGAACGACCAGCUCCUGUCACACGGCGGCCAGGACCUCUCUGCAGAUGCCUUUCACAGGCUGAUAUGGGAAGUCUGGAUGCCUUUUGUUCGAAAUAUUGUUACCCAGUGGCAGCCAAGAAACUGUGACCCAAUGGUAGACUUUCUGGACAGCUGGGUGCACAUUAUUCCUGUGUGGAUCUUAGAUAACAUCCUCGACCAGCUCAUCUUCCCCAAGCUGCAAAAGGAGGUGGACAGCUGGAACCCCCUGACAGACACUGUCCCCAUCCACUCCUGGAUCCAUCCAUGGUUGCCCCUCAUGCGGGCACGCCUAGAGCCGCUCUACUCCCCGAUCCGCAGCAAGUUGUCCAGCGCCCUGCAAAAGUGGCAUCCUAGCGACUCCUCAGCCAAGCUCAUCCUCCAGCCCUGGAAAGAUGUCUUCACCCCUGGCUCCUGGGAGGCCUUCAUGGUCAAGAACAUCGUGCCCAAGCUAGGGAUGUGUCUUGGGGAGUUAGUUAUUAACCCCCACCAGCAGCACAUGGACGCUUUUUACUGGGUGAUCGACUGGGAAGGGAUGAUUUCUGUCUCCAGCCUUGUGGGGCUCCUUGAGAAGCACUUCUUCCCCAAGUGGCUCCAGGUGCUGUGCUCCUGGCUCAGUAACAGCCCGAAUUAUGAAGAGAUCACCAAGUGGUACCUGGGGUGGAAAUCCAUGUUCUCAGACCAGGUGCUGGCACAUCCAUCCAUCAAAGACAAAUUUAAUGAAGCCCUUGAUAUCAUGAACAGGGCAGUGUCCUCUAAUGUUGGUGCCUACAUGCAGCCAGGGGCUCGGGAGAACAUUGCCUACCUCACCCACACGGAGCGGAGGAAGGACUUCCAGUAUGAGGCCAUGCAGGAGCGACGAGAGGCCGAGAACAUGGCCCAGAGGGGCAUUGGCGCAGCUGCCAGCUCUGUGCCCAUGAACUUCAAAGACCUCAUCGAGACCAAGGCUGAGGAGCAUAACAUUGUCUUCAUGCCCGUCAUUGGCAAGCGGCAUGAGGGGAAGCAGUUGUACACAUUUGGCCGCAUUGUGAUCUACAUCGACCGAGGGGUAGUAUUUGUGCAGGGCGAGAAGACCUGGGUGCCCACCUCCCUGCAGAGCCUGAUUGACAUGGCCAAAUAG